AUGUCGCUCUCUCUGAAGACCAUCGUCGUCACCUAUGCCCUCCUCGCCGCCGAGCUUGCCUCGGCUCAUGGGGGCAUCAUCAGGGCGGUUGGGGAAAACAACACGGAAGGGAUGGCGCUCGGAAUCGUGACGAGCACCGAUCGGACUGGCACAAGAAGGAACCCAUUUCAGCAGGAUUCGACUCGUUUUCGUGGAGAUGCUGCCGAAUCGGUGGGCGAGACGCUCGGCGGUGGCACGAACGAUGUUGAGUCUGGUACAUCGGCCAUCAUGGCCGAGACGGGUGGCCAGCUGCCCGUCGUGCGAGCCGGCGGCGAGCUCGAAAUGACGCUCCACCAGGUCAAUGCCGACGGAGCCGGUCCAUACACCUGCAUGAUCAACGACGACGGGACGGCCAAGUCGUGGCAGAACAUCCAAGUUACCCAAAAUGUUGCCGGCAACGAUCGAGGUCGCAACCGGAACGGCAACGCGUCUGACCACCCCCUGAAUGUCCGGAUCCCCGCCGAUCAGCAGUGCACCGGCACCGUCGCCGGCAUGAGCAAUGUGUGCAUGGUACGCUGCCAGAACCCGGCACGGGCUGGUCCCUUUGGCGGCGUCGUUCCCGUUCAGAUGGCUGCCGCCGCCGCUCCAGCUGCUGCCGCUCCAGUUGCCGCCGCUCCAGCUGCUGUCACUCCGGUUGCCGCCGCUCCGGUUGCUGCCGCUCCAGUUGCUGCCGUUCCAGCUGCUGCCGCUCCGGUUGCUGCUACCCCGGCCGCCAAAGCCAACCGGCAGUCACGCAACAGCGACAAGCGCAGCAACAACCGGCCGUUGAUCCGCCGUGGAGCUUUUAUCAAGCGCAUCGAUGAGAAGACCCGCGUCGUCGAGUUCACCAAUUGA